AUGGACUAUCCAAUUCCAGUAUCCAUCAUUGGUCCCGCCGAGUCCGCCAUUGAACGGCUUCGACGUUUCUCGGCUGGAAAGUCAACAACACCUCAAGCAGGCCAUGACUCCGCGCUUCUCGCCUCUAUACGAUCCGCACUAGCUGGUUCUGAUCGUUUACCCAGCACCCUUGAUGAUUCAUCAGCCCAUUCCGUCGUCACCACGUACACCGAUGAGCUGCCCGGCGAAGAGGAGCUCAGCUGGGAUGACUAUACUUUAGUGCACUCGGUGGGCGGCAUUAUCAAGAGGCAAUGGAACUUCAAAGACGAGAACGAGAGAAUACAUUGGGCAUGUCUCGGUUAUCUUCAUCAGAACUUCGAGUCGGGCGGAUCUCCCGGACAAAAGAGUCAACAUGCUCCGUCCGCAUGGGCUAGCGCUGAAGCUUUCGGACGCCCUAUCUUCGGGCCUUUUCAUCGACAAGAUCCAGAUCACGACCAGAGGAAGGCAGCAGCAAACACGGUUGCUCGUUCGCGUGCUGUCUUCGUUUUUAUGCGGAACAAUGCCCACAUCUACUUACUCAAUGGCUUAACAUACAGUCUCAGCCUCCCUUUCAUCGUGCGCCGCGCUUGGGCAGCUUUUCCUUAUGGUGUCAUCAUUCAACGCCACCUUCCUCAGACUGAGAUUGACGAUGCUGACCGUUCUGGCGAAGAACCUCUUCCUACUAUCUUUUCAUUGACAAAUCCCUUCGCCGAGUUAUCAGCAGUGGGCUUAACCGAAGGAAUAAAAGGAGACGGCUUUUCCGGAGCCUCCCUCAUAGACGAAGACAAACAAUGCUCGAGUCCUCUCAGGUCAAUCUCUCCCCACGAUGUCGUGCUUGCGGUGUUCCAUAUGUUCGGUCUCGACGCGGCCGACGAGAUCAUGAUAACCAUAGACGUAGAAAAGAAGAUCUUGACCAUAUGGCGUUACGCUUAUGUCAAGCCGAAGGACACGCCUACACCGCUCCGUCCCAAGAGAUCGAAGAAGAGCGGAUCGAAGCCCGAAUACCCAGACGAGGGACAGCCUGUUGAGGAUGACGAUACAGUACGAUCAAGGUCUGGCAUGCCGCAGAGAGCACAUAUGCCGUCACUGCCUCCCCUUCGCUCGGAAAUGGCACCUUCAUUGUCCACAGGGAUUACCAUGGAGGCGCUCAUGGCAAUGGCAGAAAACGAUAAGCAAAAGGAUUCGGAACCGAUCGUUCAGGCAUCCUUCUGGGUGCAGAAGUUGUAUGAAACAGAUGUCACAGAACACGAUGCGCGUUCGUGGUAUCGCAUUCAAGUCACAAUCUUUGACUCGCGCUGGGAUGGGUCCUUUGAGAGUUCCUUGAUCGCUAUAUGUCUACCAGCAACUGAGGAUCUCCGCACUUUCUCUCUCGUUCGCCAAGAAGACAAAUCAUUCCUUGUAUCACCCUUUAGGAACUUCAAAGCACGAGCAGCCGUCUCUGUAAAGGCAACUCGACCGAGUUGUCGGGAUUUAUUGAUUCUGAAGCCGUCAGGUGCUACGGCACUCAUCACGCACGGUCACCAGGAGCUGCCAGUAGUAUUUCGCGACGGCGAUCUCCCGAGCAACGAGCGAACAUCGAUGAUGAUCGACGACGCUGGUGUGAAACAUGGGCCCAUCUCUGCGUUCGAGAACCCUGCACUGACUACAGUAACAUUGGCCCUUGAGAGCGGGAAACGCAUGCGCGCGUGUCUGGAUCUGCUGCCUACGAGCCGACUGGUCAACAUGGUCUUGCUUUCGAUGUCGACCGCCUUGCCCCACGACGACUUCUAUGCCCUGCACUCUCAUUUUUUGCGGCUGUGGUCGUCGCAAAGCUUUAGCCCUGCAUCGGACGCGCAAUGGGAUUGCAUGCGCAAGUCCUUGUACAACGUUCUGGGCUUUGAUUCGUCGCCAUCUCUUGUUGAUCCAAACAAUAACCCUUGGCUGCGUUUACAUUCGUCAGGCUCGCACCGCCGUCACAUCGGAGAUCCCGUCCUUAGGAAGCUACGAUUGCCACCGGCGCUCGAGGAGCAAUGCGAACGUCCGACUGAUGUCGUGAAUCUCGCACUAGUUCGUCCCGCCCUUCUUGCACUGCAUCUUUUGGGCGAAACUUUGCGUUUAUUCAUCUCUUGGCAUCAUCAACUGCUGCGAUUGGUCCCUUUGAUUUGCCGUCUUGCGCAGUUGGUUCGCCCGGAGUGGGCUGAUUAUUGGAAGCGCCUCCUUCCUUCGGCUGUCUCAGAGUGGCCUGAUCCUUACGCGCCAGCAUCGCAUGCCAGUAACUCCACGCCGGCGACUGCUCUACCAGUCUGGCCGACGGAUGAAACGACAUCGUUGUUGAAUCGGUUGAACGGUGUUCGCACGGGUGCAGAUCUGUCUGAUAGGGUCAACUUAGUUUCCACAUUACUCGGGGACAGUCCCUCAGGAGCAUUGGGGCGGGUUGAUGUUUUUAGACCCUUGCGACAUUUGGCAGCGGUCUUUGCAGCGCUCGCAGACCGCAGUGUUCCUGAUGUUGGAAAACGCACCCAACAUGCCAUGCAAGUCCUCAUGCGCCAUGGCACAGGAGCAGAGACGCUGGACGGCUUGCCUUUAGGGCUAGUGGCACCGCUUCGGGAAGCUGCGCGGACGUGUCAAUUUUCACCUCCUGCCAACUGGCCCGCAGAGGGAUACAAGUUGAUAGGCAGGAACGAUCUCGCCGAAGGUACAAGCGCUCCGCCCGAACUCCUCUUUAACGAUGGUUACCGUUCCAUCAAGGACCAUCUCAAUUCUGCGAGUCGUAGACCGACUACUGAAGAAAUAACCGCUAGGGCGAACGCCGCAGGGCCUUCUGAGAAUUCUGGACCCACCGGCACCGAACUUGACCUUGAAGAUUUCACUAAGAUCAGGUUCGGGCAAGAUCAGCGGAUGGCAGAAGUAGCGCGAAUGCUCUCUUCAUCUCUCAUUCCAGGGAUCAAGCUAGUGGAACGACCGGAUGCGAGCGAGCACGAGGUUGCGAAAGAACAACAACACCAAGUCUUACGAGUAGCAGAGAGGACUCUUGCCCUACCGUAUGGAAGAGCGAUGUUCACCUUCGGCUCGAUGGGUGCUCUGCGCAGAGAGACUUACGCCAUCCCGAAGAUGGAGUUUGCUAUUCGCUUGCUACCUCAGAACGUUGUCCUGCACCUCGAUCAGACAACCAAGCUCCCAGCAGAAUGCACGCAGUGGGGCGAGUUCCACAAUGGGGUGGCUGCCGGACUACGCAUCGCUCCAUCUGCCACGGCCGUAUCGAGCUCCUGGAUCGCAUUCAACAAACCCUCGGAAUUAACACCUGAGCAUGCAGGCUUCCUCUAUGCCCUCGGUCUCAAUGGCCAUUUGCGAGAUCUAUUGACAUGGCACACGUUUCACUACUUGACGCCCAAGCACGACCUAACAUCUAUCGCCAUCUUGCUCGGGCUUUCAGCCGCUCAUGUGGGCAGUGGCGACGAGCACGUCACGAAACUGCUGGCGAUUCACACCCCUGCAUUGCUUCCUACGCCAAAUGUGGAUCUUAACGUAUCGUUAAUGACCCAGACUGCCGGUUUGGCUGGCAUCGGUCUGCUUUACAUGGGCACAAAGAACCGUCGAAUGGCGGAAGUGUGCCUCGCUCAGUUAACGCGACGGGACCUCAUACAGCCAGACCUCACCAACGAGCACAGAGAAGCGUACACUCUUUCCGCCGCCCUGGCUUUCGGCAUGAUAAUGCUAGGGAAGGGAGCCGCUAUCCCUGCCGACACCCGACUAUUGGAACGGCUACAAGUCCUCGUCCACGGCGAGAAUCUGGUUACCAAGGACGGAACCCCGCGCAAGCCCACGUUUGAUCUCAACCUCAGCUCACCAGCCGCGACAAUCGCCGUGGGGCUGAUGUUCCUGCGCACCGGUCGGAGAGACGUCGCCCACCUGCUCGCAAUUCCGGAUACCACAGUCGAGCUCAACGCGAUCCAGCCGAGCUUCCUGAUGGUCCGCGCGAUUGCGCGGGCGUUAAUCAUGUGGGACGAGAUUACGCCGAGUAAGGAAUGGGUGAACGAGCAGAUCCCGGUUAAGAUUACCAAUGCGCUGGACGUGAAGAUGAAGGGGAUUGCGGUAGACGACUCGUUGGAGCUGGCAUACUAUAACAUUCUGGCGGGAUGUGCUUUUGCAAUCGGCCUCAAAUAUGCAGGCACUGCGAGAGAGGAAGCGUAUCUUCUUGUCAUAGGCUAUUACGAUCUGUACAGCCGUUUGGCAUACACAACGGGCACCGCGUUCGACUCGCGCAUUAAACGCGCGACGAUCCGCGAGGGGCUAAAUACCAUCUCAAUCGCACUCUGCAUGAUCAUGGCCGGCACGGGCGAGAUAAAUUGCCUCCGCCGACUGCGGUACGCGUACGGGAUGUACAACCAGCCGAUCCGAUAUGGGACCUACCUUGCUACGCAUCUCUCGCUCGGGCUGCUCUUUCUUGGCGGAGGGCGCUUCACGCUCGGCACGUCCGACGCGGCGGUGGCAGCGAUGGUCACGGCGUUCUACCCGCGCUGGGCGCACAGCAGCUCGGAUAACAAGAGCUACCUGCAGGCGCUGCGGCACCUAUGGGUACUCGCUGUCGAACCCCGGUGCCUGAUCGCGCGAGAUGUGGAUACCAAGGAGGUCGUUUACCUGCCAAUAAAGAUCAAGGUGAAGGACGAUCCCAGCUCGCCAGGCGGGCCGACAGGCACAACACAACUGAUCGCGCCGACGCUCAUUCCGGACCUCGACCGACUGUUGUCCAUCCGGGUCGACACACCGCGCUACUGGCCGUUCUACCUCGAUCUCGCCCGCUACCCGCGCCACCGAGAUGCGCUGCUGAGAGGCCAGACAUUGCUCGUCAAGCGACGGACAGCAUUCCUGAGUUACGUCGAGGACCCGAAGGGCGCGCGGAGUCUCUUCGUGCGCUCAGGAGCAGGCACUGGCGAAGCGGCGGUGCUCGACGUGCCCCAGGCGGGCGACGAGCGGCUGCACCCAGCUGGCGACAUAGGACGGUUUAUUGGCUCGUUCUCGAAUGACGUCGUAUUCCUCGCGUUCGCUGAUCAUCUAUGUCGCGGGCCGAGCGGGGACGGAAAGGAGGAAACAGAGGCAGAGAAACUUUUCCGAACAUACGCACACGCGAGCCUCGUCGACGCCGUUGUAGGCGACAAGCCGCAGGCGCUUCAGGCGCUCCUCACGCUUUAUCAGCAUCGAACUAUGGAUCCUGCCGAGCGUUUCUUCAUGUUGCGCCUCCACGACCUUUGCUUCGCUCACGAGUUCUAUCGUGGACAAUACGAACGUCGUGCAGCUGCGGAGGGCGGCGCGGCGAUGACAAGGCCUCCGCUGCUGCGUCCGUCAACCGUCGCGGGCGCCGUGCAGGCGCUCGACGCGCGGCUGGAACAGUCCACACGCGAUGACGUGCGGUUUAAGAAAGCGCUCGCGUGUUACGCCCGUGGCGCACCGCCGCCCGAAGGUGGAGAGGAUAGCGAAACGCAGCGCAAGUUAGCGUGGUACCUCGUCCGACGCGCGGUCCCGCCGGCACCAGUGCUCGCUCACUUGAAGUUGCUAGCAGCGCAGGCAUACACGCAGUGCGCGGGGCGUCCACCGCCCGAGGGCACGGCGGACGCAAGUGCGCUUGAGGUAGGGAUCAGGCAGGUAGCGCGGAUGGCGGGCACCAGCGCUAUGGGCAGCGGGAGUACGGCGGGACGAGGAUGGACACCAGCGUCAGUGGACGAAAUUUUUGACUUGUGGAAGGAGGGGGCUUGAGAUGGUGGUAGAAGAACCGUAGAUUCAACAUGUUUCCUGUAGUGUAUCCAGGGCAACCGGGUAGCUCGUUGUAUUGGACAUGGUCACGACUGUUUUCUAGUUCUAGGCAUUGCAACGUACCUACCUGCUCGAU